AUAAGUGGUACAGUAUGGGUGAUGCUACAAUAUAUUAUUUGAAGUAGAGUCAGGUUUCACAGUUCGGUUCAAGCUAAAUAGUGAACACAGAAUGUUCUUUUCUAUGUUGUGAGUCUUGUCGUCUUUGAGUUGGAUAAGACAUUCGUUUUGCAGAAGACAAGAACUUAUAAGAAAAAUACCAUGAAAUCAUUUGGAUUUUAUUACUUUCUAACUAUUGCCUUACUUGUUAACUGUGAAACACAAGAAAAUGUUUCAUUCCAAGUCCCCUUGUCAUCUGCUUCUUCACCAUCUAUUUCAAUAACAAAGGAGAGCCCUGAACUGAGGCAGUUUGAUCAGAUGAUUAAUAUACAUGAUAUAACUACAGAACAACCUGAAGCAAUGCCCACAAGUGAUACAGGCCUCAGUCCAGAACUUCCAAGCAGUUAUUUAUCAUCUCUAUCAGAUAUUACUCAAGCUUCUCAGGUGCCACAGCUUCCACAAACUAACUCGGAAACCUCUUUUGACCUUGAGGAGACUAAUAACCUGAAUGAAAUUUUUACUGAAGAUGAUAAACUGCAUAUUCAAGGAACGGUAGAGCCGGAAUUGAAAAAUGUUGUCAAAGAUUUUACCUCCAUGCCAACCCUGACAUUAAGUGAGCCAAGAGUGACUGCAUUUGGUCAGACAAACAAUGGUGCCUUCUUAGAAGCAACAAAGUCUUCCAGUGCUCAUGCAGGCAUUGAUACAAAAAGUAAAAGAUUAAGACUUGAGCCAUGGAAGAUUGGUCUUAUAUCAGCCGCUGUGUUUUUUGCUGUUGAAGCUGUGGUCCUGAUUGUCUACUGCUUUGUAUGUAGAAAAAGAAGGAGAGCCAUUUUAUCAAAAAGCUGUGAUCAAGACAGUGAAGCUUGUGAAACAAUCAAUGUGGAAUCCAAUGAUAAUACAGUGACAGGUGUUGAUGGAACAAUUAAUGGGUUACCAGCUCAACAUAUUGAGGAAGAGCAACAGAGAAGAACAGUGCAAGAUGGGCAUGUGGACUUCACAUCUGUGUGAUUGUAACCGUUUUAAACAUAGGUUUAAAAGUUCUGGAAGGACACUAGUAGUUAGUUACUAAUGCAGGACAUUUCUGUUACUCAUCUGCCCAUCAUUGUUAUUUAUUGCUUGGGUUACCACAUAAAAGGAACUGGUUUAUAACACA